CCUUAAUAAGAAAAUUAGCUGAGGGGCAUUUUCAGAAUUGUCUAUAGUUGAGGGGGCUCCGUAUAUUUUGACCUCACAUGAGCCCUAAGUUGCGCUACGGCUCUCCCGCUCAUCAUCAACUUCCUCGGAAAAUCUCCUUCGAAAUCCCUCCUCCUCGCGGUAAUUCCCCAAAACCCUAAUCCCUUUUCUUACCCUAAUUGGUGAUAAAUCGGUGAUAUUUACACCUGUUUGAUCGUGAUCUGCUUCGUUGGAGUUUGGUUCCCGCUCGAUUCCUCAAAAUUUUAAGCUUUUCUGGUGCAAGAUCGAGUAGGGUUUUCAUUCACACGGUUUUUUUUUUUUUUUUUUUGGAAAAGUUUUCAUUUUUUUAUCUGAAAUAUAUUCCCUGUGCAAUUCAUUGUGGAGAUGAGGAAAUUUUUUUAAAGAAGUAUAAGAUUAUAGAUGAUAAUCCUGCUUUAAUUAUUUGGGGUAUCAAUCUAAUGAAUCACAAACGAUUUUCCCCAGCUUUUAUCACAUUUCAUCGCCUUUGUCGGUGUUCGCGGGCACUCGACAGUUCAUUGAUCCCAUCAAAUUUGCCCCAUCCUUUUAAUUCUACCAAAAAUUUACCAUCUUGUUCUCCUUCCACUUCAUCGUCAUUGCUUGCUUUUUCGAAUUCAAACAAACUUUUUGCUCUUUCUAGAUCCCCAUUUGGGUCUUCUAAUUAUCUCACAAAUCGCAAUCAAUAUUGUACUUCAAUAUCUAGUUUUGCAAUUAGAUCCUUUUCUUGCGUAAAUUCGUCGGAUUUCCUCAUUUUGGAUGAACCCAAUAAAUGUACUUCAACUAUUUCUCAAGAAAGUCGGUUGGUUUCCGAUUCGGAUAGAGUAUAUGAAGCUAUAAUCUCGACCUGUUCUUCCGACCAAAACUUAGAGAAAACUCUCGACUCUCUCAACAUAGAACUAACCACCGAGCUCGUAAACGAUGUUCUCAAUAGACUCCGCUAUGAGGAGAAAUUAGCUUUUAGGUUCUUCACUUGGGUGGGCCACCAAGAAGGCUACGAGCACGAACCGCAGACGUAUAACGAUAUGAUAGAUAUAUUGUCCAGCACGAGAUACAAGGCCCGGCAAUUCGGAAUUGUUUGCGAUAUUUUGGAUCACAUGAAGAGGAAAAACAAGAAUUCGGUCCCCCUCGAUGGCCUACUAACCAUCUUGAAGACGUACGCCGAAAAGCAUUUGACUCAUCUGAGGAAAUUCGCGAAGAAGAAGAGAAUUAGGAUGAAGACUCCGCCGGAGAUCGACGCCUUUAAUAUACUGCUGGAUGCUUUGUGCAAGUGUAGUUUGGUGAAGGAGGCUGAGUUAAUGUUUCAUAGGGUGAAGAAUAAGCUUGUUCCUAAUGCAGAGACGUAUAAUAUUUUGUUUUUCGGGUGGUGUAGAGUUAGAGAUCCCAAGAAGGCAAUGAAGGUGCUUGAGGAAAUGCUCGAAAGGGGUCACACUCCCGAGAAUUUCACAUACAAUGCGGCGAUCGACUCUUUCUGUAGUGCUGGGAUGGUCUCUGAAGCGAGAGAGCUAUUUGAGUUUAUGAGAACGAAAGGAUCAACUAUAUCUUCUCCCACCGCCAAGACUUACUCGAUCAUGAUUAUAGCUCUCGCGAAGUAUGAUAUGGUAGAGGAAAGCUUUAGACUUCUUGGUGAUAUGAGAAUGAGUGGUUGCCUCCCUGACGUUUCGACAUACAAGGAAAUGAUCGAAGGGAUGUGCCUAGCUGGCCAGAUCGAUGCCGCCUAUAAGGUGUUAGAUGAAAUGGGUAAGACGGGCUUCCCACCCGAUAUCCUCACAUACAACUGCUUUUUAAAAAUUCUUUGCAACCUAAAAAGGGCGGAAGAAGCUUUAAGGCUUUGUGAGAGGAUGGUAGUUGUGGGUUGUGAGCCAAGUGUUCAUACUUAUAAUAUGUUGAUUUUGAUGUUUUUUGAUAUGGGAGAGACAGAUAGGGCGAUUGACGUGUGGCUAGAGAUGGAUAAGAGAGGAUGUGAGCGGGUUGUGGAUUCAUAUGGGAUAAUGAUAGAUGGAUUGUUUGAUUCGGGCAGAGUAGACAAUGCAUGCUCUCUUUUAGAAGAGGUGAUGGAUCGUGGGCUGAAAUUGCCAUAUAAGCAAUUCGAUGGUAUUUUGUUGCGGCUUUCGGCUAUUGGAAAUCUUAAUGCUAUACAUCGGGUUUCGGAGCAUAUGAGGAAGUUCUAUAAUGUCGCCAUGGCUAGGCGUUUCGCGAUAAGCCAGAAAAAGAAGAGCAUGAGCUUGAGGCGGAGAUAGCUCUUUGUUGCUGCUUCUACGCUCCGUGACAAAUUUCGCCAAGCCAAGUGGAAGCUACGGCCAGGACUGCCUCUUGUAUUUCCAACUUUUUGCCUGCUUUAUGACUCCUCAAGUAUAGCUUGGCUCGAUAACAAAGCUGACAAAAUUGCUCGAGCUACAACAGAAGUGCUUUUGAGUAAAGCUGUGCAGACAAGCUUCCUUCGACUGUCUUUCCUGGAUUCGAACUUGGGACCUCGGGUACCAACCAUCAAGUCCUUUGCCACUUGCUCUAGGGACGGUCGGUAACAGCAUGGCGAUCGCACUGGGAGCUCCUCCCAUUUUCUUGGAACAAAAUGAUGUAAUUCCUCCUAAAGAAACAAUUACAUGAAGAUGCAAAGCAAGCUCUGCAUAUCAUAUCAACCAGGGGUGUGAUUUUUUUU